UAGACAGCAUACUUGAAAAAUUAACUUCUUUUUCAAGUCCCGGCAAGAUCAGCUUUCGACGGCAAGAAUCUGCCAUUGAUUUCUCGUUCAAGCUAACACUAUUUUACUAACUCUCAGUACUACGGUUUAUGGAGUAUUUCUUAGCGGUUUCUUUCUCACAAGCUUCAUAUUCCUUGCAAUUCUCCUGUUUCUGAAAUACUCUGUAUACUUCAUUUUGCUGUUAUCACUCAACCCUCGAAUUUCUGAAAAGGCACACCCUUCUUCUCAGACAAAGGUUUUGUAUCUUGUCAUAGAUGGAUAUGGAUCGUGGAAUUAGAAGGUUGCCCAACUCCUCUUUAAGCAUAUUCAAACCGGAGAAGGAGGUCAAUUUUUCUACCUUUCAACAAUCAUUAGAUAUUCCAGACAUCCACAAGGAUGCCCCUUCAACUACACACUCUCCUAACCUUGGCAAUUAUACUCCUACUGUCGACUAUGUUUCUACACAUAAGUACCUUAUACAGUUUCUAUUGGAGGAGGAGAGCAUUGAUGGGAACAACCCAGACAUGUCUUUUGAUCCCGUUGCUCUUAGUGCUGCUGAGAAUUUCUUCCAUGAAGCCUUGUGUCACAACCCUUCAUCGCCUGUUAACAGCAAUGCAGGAAGCUCCAGGUAUGAAGUUGAGUGUCAUGAUCUCUACAACCCUGACACUCUAUAUUGUUGAUCCCAGAGAAUCUAAAUCAUCUGUAGCAAGUGAUCAUCCUGAUGUCCCCAUCGAGUCAUCAUCAAGUCAGACUAACUCUGAUAGUGCAAUGGUUUCUCAAAUGGAUGCUUUCCUAAGUGCUAAUUCGGUUCCAAAUAUAUCUUAUAAUGAUGAUAUUGGCUCCAUCUUGCAAUUUAAGAAAGGUGUGCUUGAUGCUAAUCGAUUCUUUCAAGCUGAUAAACGCUUGGUUAUUGAUUUGGAUAAAUACUCAGCUGCUCCACACCGUGAGGAAUUGACCAGAGAUUAUGUUUUCAAAAUACAGAAAGGCCUUUCAGCUGAUCUGUGUAGAGGAAAGAAACAUUACCAUCCAGACGAAAGUGGGUUAGAAGAAGAAAGCAAAAGCAAGCACUCUGCAAUCUAUAAGGAGGAGGUUGAGUUGUCGGAAGUGUUUGAUAAAGUUUUGCUGUGUACCGAUGAUAAUGAUGAUCCAUCCAGAAUUGGCACACAACAGAAAAAGCGAAAUGGUCGUAAGAGCCAUUUAAGGAAACGAAGAGAUGGUUGUGAAAUUGUGGAUCUGGAGUCUCUUUUGAAGGGCUGCGCACAAUCUAUUGCUGCUGCUAAUUAUAGGGAUGCAGCAGAUCAAUUACAGAAGAUAAGGCAGCACUCUUCACCUACGGGCGAUGCAAACCAGAGGAUGGCCAAUUAUUUCGCUGACGGUCUUGAGGCACGACUGGCUGGAACUGGGACACAGCUGUAUUUGGCUUUAUCUCCUGAUAAAACCAUAAAUGUUGAGAUGCUAAAAUCCUACAUGUCUUCUUGGCCAUUUAUGAGAUUAUCAAUUUUGUUUGCAAAUAGAAUGAUUUAUGAAGUAGCGUCGAAAGGUGCAUCGCUGCACAUUAUAGAUUUUGGCAUUCUUCAUGGUAUCCAGUGGCCCACACUUAUUCGGGAUCUUUCAAAAAGACCCGGUGGCCCUCCAAAACUUCGAAUAACAGGAAUUGAGCUUCCCCAACCUGGUUUUCGUCCAUCACAAAUGGUAGAGGAGACUGGUUGUCGCUUGGCAAAAUAUUGCGAGCGUUUUGGUGUACCAUUUGAGUACAAUGCCAUAACAAUAACAAAUUGGGAGAGACUUAAGAUUGAUGAUUUGCAGCUUGUGAGUGGUGACGUGAUUGCUGUGAACUGUUUGCUUCGAUUCAAAUACUUAUUGGAUGAAACAGCAGUUGGUGCGGACAGCCCUAGGGAUGCUGUUCUAAACUUAAUCCGGGAAGUAAAUCCUCAUAUAUAUAUGCAAACUGUUACUAGUGGAUCUCAAAACUCUCCUUUCUUUAUAAGUCGGCUUCGAGGGGCUCUCUUCUUCUAUAGUGCUAUCUUUGAUUUGCUUGAUGCUACUUUACCGCGCCAUGACAAUCAGAGACUGAAUUUGGAAAAAGAAGUUGUGGGAUGUGAAAUAAUGAAUAUUGUAGCAUGUGAGGGAAAGGAAAGAUUACAAAGGCAUGAAACAUGCAAGCAGUGGCACUCUCGCAUCAUGAGGGCUGGGUUCAAGCCCAUGUUUAUAAACCCUACACUUGUUAAUAAUUUAAGACGCCGGGCAAGGGAGGGAUACAACAAAGAUUUUCUGUUUCUGGAUGAUGGCAAUUGGAUAAUGCAAGGAUGGAAAGGUCGGAUUCUGGGCGGCACCUCUUGCUGGGUAGCUGAACGAGAGACACACAACCUGUGAUUGUUAGAGUAACCUUUCAGGCAAUACUGCAAUUCUAAUUUCAUGUUUUCUUUUGUUUCCAUAUUUGUAAAACACCGCUUGCUAGUUAUUUCCGUGUAAUCUGUUUGAGAACAUCAUUCAUGGUGGUUCUCUGGUUUUGGAUGUUUUUAUUAAAAUAAACGAGAUAAUAUAUUAUGUUUGUCUAGCUUCAGACAUUCUUUUUGUGAAAAGCUUAUAGUCAUAUGUUAUAU